UUUUGUGUGCGUGUAAUGUUGGUCGCCCGCCAGCCGUUGGGAUGGCGGUGAGUGCGCAGGCGCGGGGGUUUUGGCGGGCUGGUUGACUGAGCUGGGCUUUGGCUGUUCGUCAGUCAGCAAUGGCCGGUACUUCUUCAUCGUCUUCGUCGGCGGCGCUGCGGCUUCUGCAGCGACUGGAAGGUCUCAAACUGCGCCAAGUUAGUGCAGUGUGGGUGGAUACAGUAUGGGAACUAGAUUUUACAGAGACAGAACCACUGGAUUCACACCUGGAAGAGGAGAUCAUAGAAGAUGGACUUGAGGUUUUUUCCCAACUUCACAAGAGUCUUCUUAAGUUCAUUAGCCAAGACCAGGAAUCAGCCGGUGGUAUUUGGACACUAUUUGCAGAGAAUGAUAUCCACCACAAUGUCCUUGUUGCUGUAUUGUAUCAUUUUGUCCAUAUGAUCCAUGAUAAGAAUGCCGGCGUCGCUCAGCGGGAAUAUGCCUUGCAUGCAGCUGGACUUUAUUUCCUGCUUCUUGAAAUCCCAGGUAGUGUAGCCAAUCGGCUCUUUCAUCCAGUACUUUUUGACAAAUGUCUUGACACUCUGACAAGAAGUUGGCCAAUGGAUGUAGAGAAAAAUCGGAAGAGGAAGAAGGACACGCAGGUAAAGAGCUCUCAGCAUGAGGCAAAAGGAAGAAAGCGAAGCAAGCCAGCAAGACAGACUGAGUCUCAGAUGGAUGAUAUAUUUGAGGAAGAGGAGGAGGAUGCUCAUGUUCAUUUUUCUGUGAAUGACUUGUGUCGUAUCAGGGAUAGUAUUUUUUCUGUACUGAAAAACUUCCUGAGAUUUCUGUCCAAAUUCUCUUUGAAAGACAACCCCCACUGUGCUCACCACUGCCUGCAGGUGUUCUCUCAAUUGACAAGUUUUGAGCCUGUAAUUGGAGGAUUAUCGUUUUCAAAAGCCGUAAACAUUGAGAGAAUGAGGACUAUGCCUGAAUUGUCUUAUUAUGGGCUACGAUUACUCUGUUCCCCCAUGCAUGGUGAUGUCAACAAGUUGCUUUGUUCCCUUUUCGAAACUCUAUUAAACACAAUUUUAAUGAUAAGAUGCGAAGAAGGUUCUAAAUCCAUUGUACUACUGGGAGUUGGACAGAAAAUUGUCCUUGCCAAAGAUGUAGCCAUUAAGUUUAUCAGUUACAUUGUGGAUGAGCUGAAAGAGCCUGCCUUACCUACUCUUCGAAUUUUGCUGCAACAUAUCUGUGCUAAGGUGCCAGAUAAAUUAGAAUACCGUUCUUGUGCUGCUCAGUCGGUAGUGCAACUGCUAAAGAAACUUCCUAGUGCAGACUACGCUACCUUCUUGGAUUGGCUGUUUAAGUAUUCACAGAACUCCAAGAUAUCUUACAGAGCUUUUGCAUUGGAUGUGGUCAUGGCAUUACUGGAUCUCCCUGAGAGAGAACCAGACGACACUGUUCCUCAAGAACAUCACAAGUAUUUAAUGCACAAGUAUUGGCUACAAGUCUUGAUCUUGGGUAGAUGCUCAGAUAAAGCACCUACUGUCAGAAGUAGAGCACUAACUUGCCUGGCACAGUGUCUAAAUUUAGGCUUUUCAUCAGCUGUGGACUCCAUCCAUGAAUUGGUGCUAGGAACUACAAGACCAACGAUGUUUCAUUCGCAAUCGGAGGGAAUGCUGGAUAUUCAGAAGACCUGUGCCACAGGUGGAGAAGCUGUAACUGACCAACAAACGUCCCUGAAUGCAAUAAAAUACGAUGAAUUCACAGAAGGGAAUUCCGUAGUUUCUAAUGCCACAACUAAUCAAUUCAGGAACCUGGGCACAUUGAAAAGCAUUGAAAUCACAGAUCUUUGGGAUUCAAGUGUCACAGAUGUGAAAGACGUUAUGUCCAUGUUGCGAUCGAGAGCUGGGGAUGAGAGAUCCAAUGUCAGAAAAUCAGCCCUUCAGGUAUUUGUAAGCAUUUUAAAACACAAUCUUGUAAACUGUAAAGAAAAAGAUCUGUCAAUACUAGAGGAUCGCUGUCGAGAUCCAGCAUUGUCUGUCCGGAAGCAGGCAUUACAGUCAAUCACAGAGCUUCUACUGGUUCAGCCAAGCAAUCCCUUGCUGCAGAAAGCUUGGCUGAAUGGUGUUAUCCCUGUUGUAAUUGAUUCCGAGUGCUCUGUGCAAGAGAAAGUACUGGAGUGCCUGGACCGGGUGAUAGUACAACAAAUCAAGCACUAUAAUAUGUUUAGUGACCAAGACAAACAUCAAAGGUUGGCCUGGGAUGUAUUGGCACUCCUCACACUUGAUCACGAACUCUGCCAUUACUUGACCAAGGCCUUCCACCUGUGGUCUUAUCAAAAUAAAUUCAAUUCAACAUUUAUUAAAAACCUGAUCUCGCACACGGACAUGGAGCAUGCACCUGCUGCCUGGAUGCUACUCUCAAAAGUGGUCGGGUCAUCAACAAACUUGAAUUAUGGGAAGAUAAUUGAAACUUGGGACAAUAUUUACAGGUCAAAGAAGAUAGAUGAAAGCACAAGCAACGUUUUUAGGGUAAUAGGACACAUCGCUCAGCAUUUGCCUGAGGAGACCAGAACCCAGUUGAUUGAUGAUGUGCAGAAUUGGAUAAAUGCAUUCUGCUUUCCUCCAGAAAUCAUCAGUCCUGCAGUUGAGGCCUUAGGCAAACUCUGCCAGCCCCAAUGCAACUCGUCUGCGGAGACUCAGGUUUUGAUGAAUCAGAUUUGCGGAAAGUUGAUUUCAGCAUGCGAGUCCUACAUUUCCAAAAUAGUUCUCACAGAAGCUGGUGCUGAAUGUUUGGAUGAAAAUGUUGUGGUGAGGUAUCUUUUCACACUCGGUGAAGUAGCACAGUUGUGCCCUGCAAAAAUCGAGAAGCGCAUCUUCCUGUUGGUACAGUCAUUUCUUGCGGCCUCUCGCAGUUUAACCCAAGCAGGAGGCCCAGAAGGCGGUGAUCUGCUAGCCUCACAGCCCCUCUCACAGUUUGCAGGAUCCACUAUGCCCCCUGUUAUCCGAGCACAUGCGUUUGUCACUCUAGGCAAAUUGUGUUUACAGCAUGAAGACUUGGCAAAGAAAUGCAUUGCGGCCCUUGCACGCGAGUUGGAUGUCUGCGAAGAUGUGGCUGUUCGGAACAAUGUGAUCAUAGUCAUGUGUGACCUCUGUGUACGGUACACCACGAUGGUGGAUCGGUACAUUCCCAACAUUGCUGUGUGCUUAAAAGACGAGAGCCCCUUUAUCCGCAAACAGACUCUGAUCAUGCUCACCAACUUACUUCAGGAAGAAUUUGUGAAAUGGAAAGGUUCUCUUUUCUUCAGGUUUGUGAGUGUUCUGGUGGAUUCAGAUGAAAGCAUAGCCAGAUUUGCCAAGUUCUGUUUAGUCCACUUACUUCUGAAAAGGAAUCCAUUGAUGUUCUCUCAGCAUUUCAUUGAAUGCAUUUUGCAUUUCAAUAAUUAUGAAAAACAUGAAAAAUACAUAAUUUCACAAACCGAGCGGGAGAAGAAACUGUUUUCCUUGAAGGGGAAUGCAAACAAGGAAAAUCGAAUGACUAUUUACAAAUUCCUGUUGGAACAUUUCACAGAUGAGCAACGUUUCAACCUCACAACUAAAAUUGUUCAUGUUAUUCUAGCGUAUUUUGUUGAUGGCAUGCUUCCUUUGGACACGGAUGCGAGCGACCUGCUGUCGGAUAUUUUUUCUGUGAUGAGUUGUAAGGAGAUCAAGCUGUCUUCCACAAGAUCAAAACCUGCCGACGAAGAACCGAUUGAUAAUGAUGAAAUGGCAAAGGCAAACGCAGUUAUGCAAGUAGCCCAGAAGAAACUCAUAUCUCAGGUACAAAAGAAUAAUUUUGUAGAAAACAUCAUCCCCAUCGUAACAUGUUUGAAGACCCAGUUGCAACAAAAGCAUAUCCCAGCACUGAAGGAUCUCAUGAAUUACCUCAGAGAAGUGAUGCAGGAUUAUCGAAAUGAGCUGAAGGAUCUCUUUGCUGCUGAUAAGCAGUUGGCAGCCGAAUUGGAGUACGAUAUGAAAAAGUAUGAAGAACAGAUUGCUAGAGAGGAAAUGGAAAGACAGAAUCCUACACCAGCCGCAGAAAUCAGAUCUCCAACACAAACCCCUGUGCAAUCCCCCAGAGGUUCAGCUGCACAAGUUGGGGUUGGAAUCCAGUCCACUGUUGGUACAAGAGGAGCCGUGUCUAUGCUCCGUACACCACAGCAGAUGACGUCUAAACUAUACGCUUUUGUUACCCCCAAUAGUGGAGUACAGAAUACGCCUGCAGCUACAAUACCCAGACGAAAGUCAUUGAGUACGAUGGCCAUCCUAAAUUCUGCAAAGAAAGCAGCCCAGACGGGCGACAAAAAACACAGCAAAAGUAUCGGCUGGAAAGUUACAACUCCACCCUCAGAAAACCCUGUGCCAAAACAACAAGCUUCUUUCCACAGCUCAGGACAAUAUACACGGUCGGGAUCCUCCUCCUCCAAUAGUUCGCUGUCUGGGCGAGCUAUUAGUACUCCUGACAGAACAAUUGAUAAUUUAACCUUCGCUGCAGGAGUCAGUUACAUCAGUCCGACACCAUCUGAACACGGUAAAGAACAUUCACAGAAAAAUGUGCUGUGCCUAAAGUCUCCAGAUAAACCAGCUCCUCAACCACAGCAGUGGAAUGUGGCAUCACCGGUGGCCAAAACACUGAACAAACCACGAGUCAGAAAAACACCAAUGAGGUCUUCCAAUUGAAGAUACGACGACAGUAAUUUGUGCAAUUUAGGUCUUGUUCUGGAGAGCACUCCAGCUAAAGAGGAUUCAUCUCGCUCCCAAAUCAGUUGGCUGCUUUUUUCCUUAUAUAUACACAAAUAUAAUUUUGUUGCUGUUGUACAGUGAAAAAGAGUUAGGCCCGGCGCUGUGGCCUGUUCUUGUGCUUAUCAGUGUGUUAUACAUUUCAGUCACCGUUUGAAAAGUAGUAUAAAUAUUAUAUUGUCCUCAGCGCUGUGCGAGUUAUACAUAAAGAGAGGUUCAACGGUAUUAAGAGCAACAUAUUUUUAAAAAACGCAUUGCAUCCAAGGACUGGUGACAAUUUAGUGAAAAUGCUUUGCUCUCGUGGUUUUGCUUUGUAACAAACAUUUGCUGUUUAUUUCCAACCUUUUCACUGUGCCAGAAUAGUGGAGUAACUUGAUAUGAGCCGCGAUACCUGAUUUAAGCCACGCGAUGGCAGUGUGCGAAUGUCAGCCCUCUGGACUGUAACACUGACAAGUGGCUGAAAUCUGGUACAACAGUUCAUUCCACGGUAGAAAUAUAUCACGUGCUGAAAGCAACCAACGAAAAUGAUCAAACUAAACGAUGGGUUCUGGUUCAAAUCUGAAUCAAUAUGUUGAUCAUUUCUAUUAGGUACUCCAUUGUGUACGCAAUGCCCCUCCUGCAGAGUAUUACACUUAUUUGUGUUGAAACGCAUUACGUUGUUUGGGAUAUUACAGUUUGUGUUCUUGCUGAAAAAUAUCCUGGUUUGAAAUGUUUUGAAUCAAGUGUUGAAAUGUCACAGUAUAACUUUCCCACGCAAUGCACAAUGAAUAACCAUUUUAUAUUUAUGUGCACAAUACUUCUACCAAAUGUUUACUUUGUACUAAAAAUGUAAAAUACUUUACGCUGUCAGUGUACCUGAGAUUGCUUUAUUAUUUUAAUUUUCUCCAAUGGACUUCAUUGCUAUCCACCACUUUACAAUAUUCAGAAAAAAAAUCUAAUGUCCAAAUUUGUGGCUCGAAGUUAGAAACAUGUUUAUUUCUGAGACAUUCACUUGGAAAAUUCCAUUCCCACAAUAAAAUGGGACUAUUGUUGCAAA